UGCCAGGUGCCCGCCAGAUUCCCGCGAAGUCGAAAUGCCCAUCACGCCGACGGUGGCGGUGCUGGCCGCGGUGGUGCUCAGCGUGUGCCCGCAGCAGUCCGUCGGCCAGUUCGACUCGGCGGCUCUGGCAGAACAGUUCCGCGCCCAGCUGCUCACGGUGUUCACGGGCUCCGCUGGCGCGCGCAGUUCCCUGCACCGGCAACUGGCGGCCAUGCCGCGGCUAGGGCGCAGGUCUCCACCAGUGCCGGAGCCCCCGCCCGAAACGACGGCGCUGUGUCGACAGAGCGGCCACGCGAACUGCGAGCUCCACACAGUCCGCUCGGAGGAUGGCUACCUGCUCAAGGUGGUCCGCAUCCCCGCCGCGGCCGGCGCCGUCCCCGCCUUGCUGCUGCACGGCGACCUGGCCUCCUCCGACUCCUGGAUGAUGCGCAAGGACAAGUCCAACUUGGGAACGGUUCUCAACGCGGCCGGCUACGAUGUGUGGGUGGCCAACUUCCGGGGAAGCACCCAUGGACGCGGCCACGCCUCGCUCAACACCACCGACCCACGCUUCUGGAAUUUCAGCUGGCACGAGAUGGGCGUGUACGACAUACCCGCCUUCGUGGACUACAUCCUGGCGCACACCAAGGCCCCCACACUGCACCUCGUGGGCCACUCGAUGGCCUCGUCCGCUGCACUGGUGACGCUUUCCGUGCGGCCCGAGUACAACGCCAAGAUUCGCCUCGCCAGCUUCAUGUCCCCCUCCAUCCGCUUCCGUAGAGGCAUCAUUCGCGGCACGUCUGACCUCACCUUCCGAUUCUUUAGGAACAACGUGGAGGAUUUCUUGGGCCGCAACGACUUCGUGGAGAUCUGGCACCGCUCGGCGACGCUGCACGCCAUCGGGGACAUCUUCUGCAUGGACGACUCGCCACUCAUCGCCCUCUGCUACCGCAUGUUCGAGGAGGUGCUCGGCAAGAGCAGUCCGGACCAGCGACUACCGGACUACCUGGCCACCUUCGGUGCAUACCACCCGGCAGGAACCAGUUUCCGAUGUAUUGAACACUUCGGAGUCAUAAAUCUGGGACGGUUUCGUCCUUUCGGCAAGGGCGUGAACGACCCGAACCCGCCGGCUGACUACAAUCUGACGGCUGUCUCUGCCCCCGUGGCGCUCUACUACUCGACAACGGAUGGCCUCAUCGACCCCAAGGACGUAGACCGCUUGGCGCGGUUGCUUCCCAAGGUGCACGACAAGUACCUCGUCCCACACAAGCGCUUCAAUCACGUGGACUUCAUGUGGGCGAAGGACGCGCGCAGCCUCGUCUACAACAAGAUCUUGUCAAACAUGAAAGAGCUGGACUCAAAACUCUUGAACAAGAACGCCAUUGACUAAACGCCCUCUGCCGGACUGCGAUGAGAGCGGCUGUGUGCAUAUUUAUCCCGACUGAUGCAUUCAAAACGAACUAAUUUUACUGUAAAAGACCGUGGCUGUGAUUUACUGAAAAUGAACAUGCAAUUAGACCAUUGUAACUCUGUGAAAUAAAUUG